GAGUGUUUGCGCUCACACAAACGGCGCAGCAGCAGCAGCAGCAGCUCAGAGGGGGGAAGAUGGCGCGGCGCUGCAGCCGUGCCACGUCUCGGUAUAAAGAAACAUAUCUCAAAAAGAUGGCAACAUCUGCGGUUUGGUUAUGCUUGUGUCUCCUUUUUCCUUCCGCCGUGGAGGCCGGACUGUACACAGCUUCGGACCAGAUCGUCUUGUUAACUCAGGAAAAUGUGGAGUCGGUUUUGGUCAACUCCACAGCUGCUAUGGUCGUGGAGUUUUACGCUUCGUGGUGUGGCCACUGCAUCGCGUUUUCUCCGAUUUACAGAGACCUGGCGAGAGAUAUUAAAGAGUGGAAGCCGGCUGUGGACCUGGCAGCUAUAGACUGUGCUGCACAGGAGAACCUGAAGGUCUGCAGAAGCUACAAAAUCCGAGGUUACCCCACAAUAAAGUUCUUCCAUGCCUACUCCAAGCCUGAUUCUGAAGGACUGCCUUUUAGAGAAUUUAGCCGUAAUGUUCCAGAUCUCCGACAUAAGAUCUUAGACAAACUGGAAACCCAUGGUGAACCCUGGCCCCCUGCCUGCCCCCCACUGGAGCCCACCAGCCAAGCAGAAGUUGAUGUCUUCUUUGAAACAUACAGUGUUAAAUACCUGGCACUGAUCUUUGAAGAUGCCAAGUCGUACAUUGGCAAAGAGGUAACACUGGACCUGUUACAGUUUGAGAACGUUGCAGUGCGGAGGGUCCUGAGCACCGAGGAAAGCCUGGUGACCAAACUGGGUGUGACUGAGUUUCCAUCCUGCUAUCUUUAUUAUCCUGGAGGCAACUUCACCAGACUAAGAGUUGACAUUGAGGCUCGCACCUUCUACUCUUACGCCCUCCAGAGGCUACCGGGGGUGGUGCGGUCAGGGAAGCCUACACCAGUUCCCAUAGAACUUCUCACCAACAACACAAAGGAUCCCUGGAGACCGUUCAACAAGUCCAGGGUGUAUAUGGCAGACCUGGAGUCAACACUGCACUACUCCCUGCGUAUUGAGCUGGCUGUUCACUCUGUUAUCAAAGGACAGGCACUGACUUCUCUCAAGACUUACAUCUCCGUCUUGGCAAAGUACUUCCCAGGCCGUCCUGUGGUGAUGAACUUGCUGCAGUCUUUAAACUCCUGGCUACAGAACCAGACUGCAGAUCAGAUUUCCUAUGAGGAGUUUAAAGAAAUACUGGAAAACUCAGCACAGUCUCCAAAUACUGCGCUGCCACAUGAUGUGAGGUGGGUGGGCUGUCAGGGUUCACAACCCCAAUUCAGACGUUAUCCCUGUGGGGUGUGGACUCUCUUCCAUGUUCUCACUGUCCAAGCUGACCGUCGAGGCUCAGAUCCUCUGGAGGUUCUGCGUGCGAUGAGAAGCUACGUACAAAACUUCUUUGGCUGCAGGUCAUGUGCUGAACACUUCGAGAACAUGGCAAGCGAAAGUCUGGAGGAGGUAACCUCGCUGCCUUUAGCAGUCCAGUGGUUGUGGUCCAGACACAAUGUGGUCAACAACAGACUGGCAGGUGCAUUGAGUGAAGACCCUCACUUUCCAAAGAUCCAGUGGCCUUCACCUAAAAUGUGUUCAGCCUGUCAUACAGUAAAGGACAACGGGGAGCACAAAUGGAACCUGAUAGCGGUUUCCCACUUCCUGUUGUUCUACUUCUCCUCUGACAGAAUCCUCACAGACUACCUGGAAAGUGAAAGCCAGAUUCUAGAAAAACAGAGGGAGAAAUAUGCCAGCCUGCAGAUACCUCAAACAGCUGAGAGACAUCCACAGAGAAGAGCCAGAGAGGCCUUGGACUCUAUAAAGAAUCCUCUGGCAUCACAACCCACUGCGCAAGAAGAGGAAGAUGAUGAGGUGGAGGAAGAGGAAGAAGAAGCACAGGAUGAAGCAGCGCCAGAGGAAGAAGAGGAUGCUGGAGAGGGAGGACUAGCUGCGGCAGGCGAGAUGGUGGGUAGAUCAUCGGAGCCAACACCGUGGGCUAAGCCUGAAAUGGAGGUGGGUCGUGGCCGCUGGCAGGCCCGCAAGAAACCGAGCAUUGUGGGACUGAGGAAAGACCCACGGGAGGACAUUGUUGAUCUCGACUCAUUUGUCAACCAGCACUACAAGGCCAAGGCACUGCGAGUGGCUGCCUCCAGCCGAGUUAAACAACGCAGCCUGCAAAGAAAGGAAGAGCAGGAGUCCGGGCCUGUGUUUGGGCUCGGCAUGGAGCUGGACGCAGGGUUAGGGAUGGUGGGCCUGGAACCAGCGGAUGCAGGCUUUCAGCUGGAUUUCGUGCAGCAGAGGAAGCGGCUGCAGAAGCGAGACCUGGCGGGCCAGUACUUUGAUGGGGAGGCUGAGCUGAGCCACAGGGGACGCUUGAUGUCCAUGUUAAGCGUCGGGUUCUCAAAAGUGGACAUCAGCCUGUGUGUCUUUCUUUAUUUUCUGUCCUCCCUGUGUCUUCUAGCCAUGUACCUUUUCUUCAAAAACCUCAGAUUACGGCGUGCUAAAAUUGCCCUGCCCUGAGCCAAAAUGUAUGCUAAUUUCACUCGAGUCAUAGCAAAGAUUAACAUUCAUGAAGUUAAUGUCAGCUAAAUUUGAGCACACCGUACAGAAAUGAAGAAUGCUGCCUUCCAGUGCUGUCCACUUUACUGUUACCUGCAGCCAGAGUAGGCAAUGGUAUGUUUUACUUUGAAUUUCAGCAAUAUUUUCUGUCCCACCAGAGAGGAGGAGAAGGGAAAAUUAGCAGAUAUCUUU